AUGGUAACACUGUAGUGUUACUAAAAGUGUGUUACAAAAAUUUAUCCUUACAAAUUGUUUUAUUGAUUUGCAUCUACUGUUCUUAUCAAAUUGUUACUGCCAUCUGCUACCAAACAUUUCCCAAUAACAUACCAUGUCAAAGUUACAACGUAUAACUAAAUCCUUACGGAUGUCCACUUGCUUAGAACGUAGGGAAAUAGAUCUUCAACCAAAUGACUUAAUAAGGAAGAGGCAAGAACGAGCAGAAAGGCUAGAAAGCAAUCUUGAUUUUUCCGAGAUAUGCAAUCAUGCAUCUAAAGAUCUUACAAUAAAAUUGCUAGUGCUGAGAAAGGUUGCAGAGCAAAUUUUAGAGGGUACUAUGCCAGAUGCUAUAAAUGAAUUUACAGUUUAUGCAUUACGUUUAUUAAUUGAAGAUGAGAAAUUAACUCGAAAAAAAUAUGACAUGCUCGUUCAAAAAGCAGGAUAUUUAGAGUAUAAUUAUGCACAAAAAAUUAUGGAGGUAGUGAUAGAAAUUCGAUCUGAACAUUACGAUGAAGUUAUAGAAUUAUUAUCAGAAUCCAAAGAGAAUGUGAGCACAGAGGUUCCCAUGCACAUUUUUGGUGCAGAUAUUCAUUACAAUCCAGCAAGAGUUGUAUGGCCUGACACUUCCAAACUUUAUAAUAUGUCAACAGAAGGAAUAAAUUCAACCACUGUUAAGUUUACCAUGAAGCUACAUGAAGCAGAAUCUUCAACCCAGAAGAAAUCUGUAUUUGACAAAGCAAAAUUUAUGAAAGGAUUAACAAAUUGCUUUAAAAAAUGUGACAACGGGAUACCAUUUUCGGAUUUUAAUACGACAAUAAUAAACAAAUUAAAUUAUUCUGAAGAUGCAGCCUUACAAACUGAAUUAUUUGAUAUGCUGGGUUGCGACCACUUUGAAUUCAUAGGAUAUAUUAUCGAACAUAGGGAGGCCAUUGUAUCAGCAUAUUCAUGUCCAAAAGUGAUUUCAAAGCCACAGAAAAAUGCACAGGGGCCUAUAAUCAGUGGCCAAGUGAUCGUACAGUCUGAGAUAGAGAAGAAGCUGAAUAAGCAAGUACGUAAGGAGGAAAAGAAAUUAAAUAAAAUGUCAAGCAAACGGGACGUUAAAACGGACAUUGAGAGAAAUGAAUUCGACUCGGCCGAACUGCGACUUAAAAAGCAAGAGGCAUUCGCAGCUAUGAACGCCCCGUUAUUCCCUAAGAAGGUUGUUUUGGAGAGGGACCCGCAAUCUUAUCCAUUUGUGUUCGAUUCCAAAGCGAACAAACACGCAAGCGUCGUGUCGGGACAGAAAUUAUUGUUAGCCGAGAAUGUUACGAGGGAGAAUACUGGACUUUACGAGGAAGUGCACAUACCGCUAUCGGAAAGAGAACCUAUUAAUGUGAAGGUAGACUUAGUAAAGAUAUCUUCUCUGGACAAAAUUGGUCAGACGGCUUUCGACGGCAUGAAGUCAUUGAAUCAGAUACAAAGUAUAGUCUUUAAAGCAGCGUACGAGACCAAUGAAAAUCUGCUGAUAUGCGCGCCUACCGGUGCGGGCAAAACGAACGUAGCGAUGUUGGCUAUAGUGCAUCAGUUGAAACAGAACAUUCAAGACGGACAACUGCAAACGAACGAAUUCAAGAUCAUUUACAUCGCGCCUAUGAAAGCGCUGGCUUCGGAGAUGACCGCCAACUUUAACAAGAGACUUAGCGCCCUGGGAGUCAAGGUUCGCGAAUUGACUGGUGACAUGCAGCUGACGAAGCAAGAAAUCCAGCAGACGCAAAUGAUAGUGACUACGCCGGAGAAGUGGGACGUCGUCACGAGGAAAGGCACGGGCGAUGUCUCCCUCACCAGUAUUGUCAAACUGUUAAUCAUCGAUGAGGUGCAUCUGCUACAUGGCGACAGAGGGCCUGUAGUAGAGGCGUUGGUCGCGCGAACACUGCGUCAGGUGGAGUCAUCGCAGAGCAUGAUCCGAAUCGUCGGGCUGUCCGCGACACUGCCGAAUUACGUGGACGUAGCGCGAUUUCUGCGAGUCAAUCCGAGCAAGGGACUCUUCUACUUCGACCAUCGUUUCCGACCGGUGCCAUUAAGUCAGACCUUUAUCGGUGUGAAAGCCAUUAAGCCGCUGCAACAGAUCAACGAUAUGGAUCUCGUGUGUUACAAUCACACCGUGAAGAUGGUGCGACAGGGUCACCAGGUCAUGGUAUUCGUACACGCGCGGAACGCCACCGUGAGAACGGCGCAGUCAUUGAAAGAGCUGGCAUUGAAGAACGACACGCUCAAGUACUUCUUGUCGGAAGGUCAGGCGAAGUAUGUGAACAAGGCGUUCGCGUCGUCGCGCAACAAGCACCUCGGCGAGCUGUUCAAUAGCGGCUUCUCCGUGCACCACGCCGGCUUAACGCGCACUGACCGCAACCUGGUGGAAAAGUACUUUGCCGAUGGUCUCAUCAAGGUGCUCGUCUGCACUGCCACAUUGGCGUGGGGCGUCAACCUGCCUGCGCACGCUGUCAUUAUACGGGGCACUGAAAUCUACGACGCAAAGCACGGUUCGUUCGUGGACUUGGAUAUAUUGGACGUAAUGCAGAUCUUUGGCCGCGCUGGUAGACCGCAAUUCGACACGUCCGGUCACGCGGUCAUCAUCACGACACACAAUAAACUCUCGCAUUAUUUGUCGUUGCUGACGAAUCAGAUACCGAUCGAAAGCAGCUUCAUCAAGUAUCUGGCCGAUAAUCUGAACGCCGAGAUAGCGUUAGGUACGAUAUCGAAUGUAGAGGAGGCGGUCAAGUGGCUGAGCUAUACGUACCUGUUCGUACGGAUGAAGCUGAACUAUCAGGCGUACGGUAUGGUGUUCCAAGCUCUGAUAGACGAUCCGAAUCUGGAGAAGAAGCGGAAGGAACUCAUAGAUCACGCAGCCAAGGCGUUGGACAAAGCGCAGAUGCUGAGGUACGACGAGCGUACCGGUGACCUUAAUGCCACCGACCUGGGGCGCAUCGCGAGCCACUUUUAUCUCAAGUAUGACACGGUGGAGAUCUUCAACGAGCAGCAGAAGCCCGUGAUGAACGAGGCGGAGAUCUUGGCGAUGAUAUCGCACGCCCAGGAGUUUGAGCAGCUCAAAGUGCGCGACGAUGAGGUAGAAGAGCUAGAUCAGUUGAUGGAUGACUGCAAAGUCGUGCCGAAAGGCGGUGUGGAGAACGUCCACGGCAAAGUGAACAUAUUGCUGCAAACGUAUCUGUCGAGAGGCCGAGUGAACGCGUCUUCGUUGAUAUCUGACCAGGCAUACGUAACGCAGAAUGCAAUGAGAAUAGUCCGGGCGUUGUUUGAGAUCAUGUUGCGCAAGAACAAUGCGAUAAUGGCCGGACGACUGCUGACAAUGGCGAAGAUGUUCGAGGCUCAGCAGUGGGACUAUAUGACACCGUUGCGGCAAUUCAGUUGCCUAUCCAUGGAGAUAAUCUACAAGAUAGAGCAACGGGAGUUGCCGAUUCGCAAAUUGAGAGAGAUGUCCACGCAGGAGAUCGGCAUUUUCUUGCGAGAUCAACGAAUGGCGCUGUUGGUGAAGAAGUGCUGCAGUCAGUUGCCGAAGAUGAACGUGGUGUUCAACUUGCAACCCAUCACGCGCACUGUGCUGCGAAUGCGGCUGACGCUAAUCCCCGAGUUCAGCUGGAAUGACUUUGCGCACGGGAAGAACUCACAGGCUUUCUGGAUAUGGAUCGAGGACCCGGACAACAACUUCAUCUAUCAUUAUGAGUAUUUCCUUUUGACGAAGAAGGCGGUUGUUCAAAAGAUCGAGCAAGAGCUCGUGAUUACCAUACCCUUAUCCGAACCGUUACCGGCUCAGUAUUUGAUCAGGGUGUCGAGCGAUUAUUGGCUCGACUGCGACGACGUAUUCCCGGUGAGCUUCCAUGAUCUCAUCUUGCCAGAGACUCAUCCGCCUCACACGGACCUACUAGAGCUGCAGCCGUUGUCAACGAACGCCUUGAAGGAUCCAUCCUACGAGAAACUUUACCCCUUUUCCCACUUUAAUCCCAUACAAACUCAGAUUUUCUAUUGCCUUUACCACACGGACAACAACGUCCUCCUCGGCGCACCGACCGGCUCAGGAAAGACAAUCGCCGCGGAAAUCGCGAUGUUCCGAGUCUUUAAACGAUAUCCUGGCAAGAAGAUCGUCUACAUAGCGCCGCUGAAGGCUCUGGUGCGAGAACGUAUAAACGAUUGGAAAAUACGAUUGGAGGAACGUCUGGGUAAGAGGGUGGUGGAGCUGACGGGUGACGUAUCUCCCGACAUAAAGAUGAUAAUCGACGCGCAUGUGAUUGUCACUACGCCCGAGAAGUGGGACGGUAUUAGCAGAAGCUGGCAGACUAGGAGCUACGUGCGGCAAGUAGCGCUCAUAGUGAUCGACGAGAUUCACCUGCUGGGUGAAGAUCGCGGACCGGUGCUGGAGGUCAUAAUCUCUCGUACGAAUUUCAUAUCGUCGCACACGCUCGACAAGGUCAGAAUCGUCGGUUUAUCGACUGCACUGGCCAACGCGGUGGAUCUAGCCAAUUGGCUCGAUAUCAAGGAUAUGGGCCUUUACAAUUUCCGUCCUUCUGUCAGACCCGUGCCGAUGGAGGUACAUAUCAGCGGAUUCCCGGGCAGGCACUACUGUCCCCGCAUGGCGACCAUGAAUAGGCCGACCUUCCAAGCGAUCAGACAUCACGCACCAUCCAGCCCCUCUCUCGUUUUUGUGUCUUCUCGACGGCAGACACGCUUGACCGCGCUUGAUCUAAUAGCCUUCCUCGCGGCGGAGGAGAAUCCCAAGCAAUGGCUGCACAUGCCGGAGGAGCAGAUGGCCGGCAUCUUGGACAAUGUGAAGGACACCAAUUUGAAGCUCACGCUGGCCUUCGGCAUCGGCCUUCACCAUGCGGGUUUACAAGAUCGGGACAGGAAGACUGUGGAGGAAUUGUUUGUCCAUAACAAGAUACAGAUAUUAAUCACCACGGCCACGUUGGCCUGGGGUGUGAAUUUUCCCGCUCAUCUAGUAGUGAUCAAGGGCACGGAGUAUUACGACGGCAAACUGAAACGUUACGUAGACAUGCCCAUCACCGACGUACUCCAGAUGAUGGGUCGCGCCGGCAGACCGCAAUACGACAACUCCGGCGUGGCGGUCGUUCUUGUACACGACAUAAAGAAGAGCUUUUACAAGAAGUUCUUGUACGAGCCGUUCCCCGUUGAAUCCAGCUUGAUGGAUGUAUUGCCUGAUCACAUUAAUGCAGAGAUCGUCGCCGGCACUAUCAGGAACAAGCAGGAGUUCCUGGAUUACCUGACGUGGACGUAUUACUUCCGUAGAUUGAUGAAAAAUCCCAAGUAUUAUGACUUGGAUAUUCUGGAGCCUCGGAAUAUCAAUGAGUACCUCUCGAAGUUGGUGGAAACCACCCUAAAGUCACUGAUAGAUUCGCAUUGCAUCGAUUACGAAACGGAUGAGCAAACCCUGUGCUCAUUUCCGAUGGGAAAAAUAGCAUCGUUCUAUUAUCUAUCACAUCAUACGAUGUUGAUGUUCACACAGUCGUUGGACGAUGAACUCACGCUGGAUCAAUGCCUACGUAUACUCUGUAACUCGCACGAGUACAACGAACUGCCGGUGAGGCAUAACGAAGAAUUUUUGAAUGAAGAUCUGGCGAAGAGCUGCCGUUACCCCGUGGAUCAAUACACUUACGAUUCCCCGCACACGAAAGCAUUUCUUUUGUUACAAGCGCAUUUCUCGAGGUUGCCGUUGUCGUCCACCGACUACAUUACUGAUUUGAAGUCGGUGCUGGAUCAAGCGAUCAGGAUAUUGCAGGCCAUGAUCGACACGGUCGCGGAACGUGGAUGGUUAACGAGCACGCUUAGGAUAAUGUGCUUGUUUCCGAUGAUCGUACAGGCACGUUGGAUUGACGAAUUUGCAAUCACGUCGUUACCGCAUGUAGAAGCGACAGAUUUGCAUCUGUUCUCGUCGUCAAUGGUGCUCCCGGUAUUGUGUCACAUGACGUUUGACAAUUAUGAUAGACUCGCGAUGAUUUUACGUGAGAAAUACAGAGAGGAUCAAAUACGUGAGAUACAUCGAGUAAUUAGAGACCUACCCGUAAUAUCUGUCGAUUUAACGUUGGAAAGCACAAUACACAAUACCGAGGUUUUGAGGAGGAAAAUAAUAUUAAAACGUAACAACGAAGAUUUCAUUGAUGUUCGGAAGGAUGAGUAUUAUACGUUGGUCGUCGGACUGAAAAGAAAUAACCAUUCCAAAACUUUGAAGGCACACUCUCCAAUGUUUCUGAAAGGAAAAGACGAAGGUUGGUUCAUGGUGUUGGGUAACGCUGCUAAUAAAGAGUUGUUAGCAUUGAAGAGGGUAUCCGGUGUGAAUGAUCAACAGCGAUAUCAUCAAUUGCAAUUUCAUGUGCCUGAUUGUUUAGAAUCGAUGAAGCUGACGUUUUACUUAAUUUCCGACUGUUACAUGGGACUGGAUCAACAGUACAAUAUUUAUUUAAACGUGACGUCCUCGAUUCAGAACACCAGCACAAGACUGAACAAAUAGGUGAUAUUGUGUUCAAUUAUUGCAAAUCUUUCUAUUGACAAUAAUAUAAGGAAUGCAGAGAGUGCGAACUUUAUUAGUGAGAAAGCGUAUUUUAGAAAUGAGUUAUUAGCAGUGAAAGAUUUGCUAUAAUUGCAUACGAAUGUAUUGUUACAGGAUGUUUAUCGUAAGAUGUACAGAAACUUGUAUAUUUUUACGUGAUGUAAUUUUAUUACACGUCUAUGUGUUAUGAAACAAUGUAGGUAUGGAUUAUUCUACGAUUCUUUUCAUAUAAAUAUAAACCUUAUUAUCUCGGAAUAUAUAAAGAUAGAAAAAGCAAUAUGUGCAGGAUCAGUGUACAAUUUCAUGCGAUUUUUUGUUUCCCUUUUUAAGAAAUAAAAAUCACUGAUUACUUUGCUGCAAAAUGCAAAUUUCUUACUGCAUGCCAUUCGUUUUAUUUAUUUAUUUUUUUCUUUUUUUGGAAAGACAGAAUUUUAUUUUUAGAAGAUCUCGAGAAAUAAUUGUUUGAGGUAUGCAGAAAUGUUUUUAAGUAGUGUAAAGAAGAAAUAAACACGUUCUUAAAAUUUGUA